AGUCCUCCAGUGAACUCGACCAGUACUCCAGCCCACAGUGCUACCUCAAACCCAGCUUCCAGCCCUCCGGUGGACUCAACCAGCACUUCCAUCCAAACCACCAACGCCAUAUCAGGUUUAGCUAGCACUCCAAUCCACAAUGGCUCCUUGGUCCCAACUAGCAGAUCUGCAUUGGGCUCAGCUACUAGUCCAGUCCACAGUGGUACCUCAACUAUAACGAAUAGCUCUGACUCCAACUUGGCCACCACUCCAGUUUACCGUGGUACCUCUAUCUCUACUAUCAAGGCUACAUCAGGCUCAGCCAUCCUCCCAGGCCACAAUGGCUCCUUCGUGCCAACCACCAGCUCUGUAUUGGGCUUAGCCACCAGUCCAAACCAUAAUAUCUCUGCAAUGGCUCCUACAACUCCAGUUGUCAAUGGCACUCAAUCUUCAGUUCUAAGUCAGCACCCUGUCACUCCUACCACCCUUGCCACUUCAGGCAACAGCACCGUUGUCAGUAGCACUUACUUUUCCCUACUUUCUACUAUGGCACUCUCCCCUACCUUCUCCAGUACUAGUUCGCCUCAGCUGUCUGUUGGGGUCACUUUCUUCUUCUUGACUUUUCACAUCUGGAACCACCAGUUUAACUCUUCCCUGGAGGACCACAGCUCCAACUACUAUCAAGAACUGAAGAGGAACAUUUCUGGAUUGUUUCUACAGAUUUUUAACCAAGAUUUUCUGGGGAUCUCUACUAUCAAGUUCAGGUCAGGCUCGGUGGUGGUAGAAUCAACUGUGAUUUUCCAGGAGGGUGCUGUCAGUGCCUCUGAGGUGAAGUCACAGCUCAUACAGCAUGAGAAGGAGGCAGAAGACUAUAAUCUGGCUAUUUCAAAAGUCAAUGUGAAGGAGAUGCAGUUCCCUUCCUCUGCCCAGUCUUGGCCUGGGGUACCAGGUUGGGGCAUUGCCCUGCUGGUGCUGGUCUGUAUUUUGGUUGCCCUGGCCGUCAUCUACCUCAUUGCCCUGGCAGUGUGCCAGUGCCGCCGAAAGAGCUAUGGGCAGUUGGACAUCUUUCCAACCCAGGACACCUACCAUCCUAUGAGUGAAUAUCCCACCUACCACACCCAUGGACGCUAUGUGCCGCCUGGCAGUACCAAACGUAGCCCCUAUGAGGAGGUUGCUGCAGGUAAUGGCAGUAGCAGUCUGUCUUACACCAACCCGACAGUGGCAACCACUUCUGCCAACUUGUAGGAGCAAGUCACCCCACCUGCUCAGGAGGCAGCUGCUCUCUCUGUUGUCACUGCCAGACCCCUGCACUUUGAUGUGGGCUGGUGAGCCUGAAUUCCUUGUAGGCUGCUCAAGGCCUUCCUCAGAGGCUCUGUCAAGUACCUGGACCAUGUUAGCCUGGUGAAGCCCAGCCCUGCCCUGGGGAACACUGGGACAGUAGAGUAGUGGUGGCUUUCAGAAGGAUUGGUCUAGAAAGCCUGGAGAUGGGGAUGGGAACUCAAACAUGGCUGAAUAAAAGGUGGCCUCCUGCUAGUUA